AUGUCUCCCAGACGGCUGCCUGUUUCGCUCAUUGCGGCUUGCUCCGUCAACCGCGUGAUCGGAAAGCAAGGCAGAUUGCCUUGGAAUCUUCCAGCCGACUGGGCAUUCUUCAGUACCGCCACUCAAAACCAGGUGCUUGUGGUUGGCCGACGGUCCUUUGAAGAGUUCGACGAACCAAUUCCGAAUCGCCACACGAUUGUCGUGUCUUCCACACUGCAGAAAUUGCAAGUUGACGCUACCAAUGCUCGGUGGCCAAGCGUCCAAUUUGCUCGUACGCUGGAGCAGGCGCUGCAACUUGCAAACACAGAUCCGCAAUAUCGAAAUUGUAACCGGGUGUUCGUCGGAGGUGGUGAGAGGUUGUACAAGGAAGCGAUGGAUUCCGAAGUCGCUGACUCCUGCUACGUUUCGAGAGUGCAUCAGUAUAUAACUGAUGGGGACACCUUCUUUCCAGAGUGGACGGAGCAGUUCCCGAACUUAACGUACUCGGCAAAGACGAACGGAGGAAGGAGCAUUAGGUGCGUAUAG